AUAUAAACAACCUCCGACUUCGUAUUUGCCUUCUUGGCCACUUCUGCUCUUCCAGGGUUUUGGCCUCUUCCCCUUGGGUUCCACAGACCACAGGGCUCGCUAGUUUCGUUUCAUUUCUCAUACAUAAUACAUUGAACUACGGUUAAAUGCUUGCAGAUUAGUACUCUUAAUUAUUACACUUGAAACAUGACGAAGAAAACUGUCACGAGAAGAGAGCUUUUGGACCGAUGGAGGACCAUUGAAGAAGAAGACGAUGAAGAAAACGUAUUCGAUCACUCAAAACAACGUCACAUCCAACAUCUCAAAGAAAUAUGGUUCUCGGAUGCAUUCAACUUCUUGAUAUAUCUUUCUAAAGACAAUCAUAUUUGGUGUGGCAACUGGGAUAUAAUGGGGCCUCUUCUAGAAACAUUCUACAAUUACUUUAAAGAUGAUCGGCAGGAUUCUCCUCUCAAGCUUCUGUGGAAAAGAAUUUCUGAAGAAUUACAAGAUUGCAUGCAAUGCAUCUGUCAGCAUCAUCAAGCAAAGGAAACAUAUGCCAUGGAGUAUGAGUUGAGCUCAAUUGGGCCUCUUCUUGAUGUUCUAUGCAGGCUUGAUGAAGAAAGGGUGACUAAUCAAUUGAAAGAGAUGAACACAAGAAUAGGAAGCGGGAAGUAUGAUGCUGUGAAAGACAGUGCAAAAGUUAUCACUGUCAUGUAUGAGGUGUUGAUGUUUCCUGUCUUGUUGGAUGAUCAAUCUUUGGUCAAUGAGUUUCAAACAUUCAUUGAAGCAGUUGAUGAUUCUCAUGAACUUACUUUGGCUGGCCAUCAACAAUACCCGGGAGUUUAUGCCUUACUUUUCCUCAAAACUAGGAGGUGUCGCUCUAUAGGUUUUCGUUUAGCUGGAUACAUGGGCAAAUUGAGGAAUGCAGCAGAUUUGGAACCUCUGCAGCCUUUGCUCAAGAAAUGCAUGUCAUUUCUAGAAACAGAAGCCAUUCCUGUUAACUCUGAGAGCUCAAGGCCAAGGAUGCAGCUGGAUCGAAUAACUGUAUGGCUUGGAAUCAAGGCACUGCUUGGGUUUUUAGAGCCUCAUGCAUUUGAAGAAGGGAUUUUGGAGCGUCAUCCAAGCUUUCUGAAUAUUGUACUUAACCAUAUCUGUGAUGAUUCCCUUGAAUUUUCUUAUGCAAUCAAUUGCCUUAGACUACUCUUCGAUAUGCUUGGAUGUAAACUUUGGUUAAGGGCAACAUUGUCACCAAGUGUAAUGCGUGACACACUACUUGGUCAGUGUUUUCAUACUAAAGAUGAAAAGAGCCACAAGGAAAUAUUUGAUCUUUUCCCACCUUUUCUUCAGUCUCUUGAAGCUUUGCAAGAUGAAGAACACAAGAAACAACGCAGGCAUUUUCUCUACUUUCUUCUACAUCAAGUCACUGUUAGUAGCAACUUCAGCAAUCUAAUGAGAAAAAAAGCCUGCCAGAUAGCUCUUCUCAUCAUCCACCGAGGCUACAAGAUGAAUCCUUCUUGUCCACCUUUUGAAUGUGCACACAUGUGGGGUCCUUCUCUAUUGGCAUCUCUCAAGGAUUCAUCACUCUACAGUUCUCUAAGGCAACCUGCUUUGGAUUUGAUCCAAACUAUCAUAGUCUCUGAUGCAUCUGCAUUAGUGUCUUCAAUUCUACACUGUCAAAUACACAAAACUGUUGAUAGGAAUAUCAUUGACUUCAAAGAUGAAGAUGAGAAUGAAGGGUUAUUUGCAGAUGAUAUUGAAGAAAAGGACACCAGUUGUUGGAAUGGAUUUAGUCAACAGAGUCAAACCACAUCAUCAGAAUAUGGGGCAUGGAUGUGCAUUCCAAUGCUAUGGUUUGAUGUUUUAGUCGAAAUUGAUCCUGUGAUUCUACCAAUAUCAUUUUCUAAAGCAGUUUUAUGGGGGUUAUCUCGUUUUUCUAUGGUUGAACCUGAAACUAUCGCUGACAUGGCACUUCCAGUUGGAAAUUGGCUAACUACACGUGCACCAGAAGUAUCAUGUCUAUUUGGGUGGAAAGCACCAUCUGGUUCUGAUGAUGGUGGGGAUGGAAAAGAGUCAAAGAAUUCAGUCAAAGUCUCAACAAUGUGCAUCCCAUUAAUCAGAACAUUCAGAAGGUUUACAUCCUAUUUUAUUACAAGAAUGGAGCAAGGUGAGCUUCAAAAGCAAUGGAGUUGGGAACCAAGGAUGGCUGAAAGCUUAAUCCUUUUGCUUGUUGAUCCUGAUGAUAAUGCAAGGCAAGUUGGUAGGCGAAUUCUUGAACAAGUUUCAAACACACGUGGCCUUCUUUCCUGUUUGCAGUUUUUGUGUUCAUGUUCAGCUUCAAUAUCAGCUGUAUUUCUAGGGCUCAGACAUGCUCGCGAAUUGCUUCUGUUGGAUUCGGUGCUACAAAGAUUUCAAAGUCUGCAUCAUUUCUUUUUUGUACUAUGCAAGAUACUUACAGAAGGGGUACAAUCUGGCAAAAGUGAGGGUAAUAGUAAUUUGAAGUUUUCAUCUCAAGGGGGAUUUUUACAGCAGCCUACAUUUGAAUCCAUGGAUGCUAAUAUUGAUGGAAACUUGUCAAAGUUCAAUUCUGAACAUUGGAAAAAGUUUGGUUGCUUAUUAUCAGAAGUUGCUUGGCCAUCUUUUUGCAUAUGUUUGUCUGAAGGGAAGACAUUCAUUGACUACAAGAUCUCCCAGAUGACAUGUGUCAGAAUACUUGAAUGCUUACCUGUCAUUCUCCAAAGGCUCCAGCAAUCUAUGAACAGAAUACCUGGAGAUCCAGACAUUUUGGUAUCAAAAUCAGUUGGAUAUAAAUGGCUUCAUGAUUUGAUGUAUUGGGGAAAGUCUACACUUGCUGUUGUAAUUCGGUAUUGGAAACAAACAGUGCUUUCUUUGCUUGAUCUACUUAAGGAGUCAUGUAAUGAUAAAACAUCUGAUAUAAUGGCCAUUGAGAAACUUAUUCAAUCUGAAGACAUUCCGGUUGAUGAAUUAACCAAUCAGAUAUCAUGCCUUUCCGUUUCAUUGAAGAAUGCGUAUGGGGAAACAAACUUCAAUUCCACAUUAUUGAACAAAAGGAAUUCAUCCUCUGAAAAAGUGGAAGCUUUAGAUCUGGAGAUUUUGGAUUCAGAUUUUAGUGCCAAAACAGAGAGAGAAAGUGUGAUAAUUCUUUCAGAUGAUGAGAUCGAUGUAAAAGAUCCCAUGGACACUCUAAGAACAUUUCUUUUAAGGUUCCAACUUCAACAACACAGGUGGAGGCAGAGAAUAAUGUGGAUAUGGACAGAGUAAGAUCAUCUUCUAUUUCUAUAGAGAAGUCUGUACAAGGCACAAGUAAAGGAAAAGGAAAAGGAAAAUCAUCCGAUGUGCAGAAAAAACCUUGUUUGACAAAAUCAUCUUCAGAAAAUCUGACUUCUAAAAUGGAAAAUUCAGUUCCAUAUCAGCGUGCAUCAAGUUUGAAGAAUGUAUCUGUUGAAACUAGGGCUAACCAAGGUAUCAAAAAGAUUCCACCAAAAAGUGACAAUAGAGUAAUCAAGGAGUUGGUAUUUGAUGCUAAAGAUGAUCCAUGGGAAUUUGCAUUAAAAUCCGCAAGGCAUCAUCAAUCACACCUUGCAAAAUUAAGUGGCCCAAAACGCCAGGUCAUCCAACUAAACAUGCCAUUUGAAAACCGAGCUUCCCAAAACAGAAUGCGUGUUGGACAACAGAGGUUUAAACCUCUAAGACUAGACGAUUGGUUCAGACCUAUUUUAGAGAUGGAUUAUUUUGCUACAGUAGGGUUAGUUUCGUCAACUGUAGAAAAGAAUCAAACAGGGAAACUAAAAGAGGUUCCUGUUUCUUUCCAAUCUCCAGAUGAUUACGUGGCAGUUUUCCGUCCUUUGGUGUUGGAAGAGUUAAAAGCACAGCUACACAGUUCGUUCAUGGAGUUGACUUCUUCAGAUGAGAUGUCAUGUGGAAGUCUCUCCGUGAUGUCUGUUGAAAGAGUUGAUGACUUUCAUGUUGUUCGUUGUGUCCAUGAUGACAAAGAUCUAGAAGGUUCUAGAAGCUGUGUCGAAAACGACCUUGUAUUGUUUACCAGACAUCCUUUUCAAAAAUCCUCUAAUGAUGUCCACAUGGUUGGAAAGGUGGAAAGAUGCGAGAAAGAUUAUAAAAGAAGAUCCAGCAUUUUAAUGAUCAAAUUCUAUCUUCAAACCGGAUCUUCACGUCUAAAUCGUGCUAAAAAGCUCUUAAUGGAAAGAAGCAAGUGGUACAUUCAUCGCAUCAUGAGUAUCACUUCACAACUUAGAGAAUUUCAAGCACUUUCAUCAAUACACAGUAUUCCUCUCAUUUCCACCAUCUUAAACCCUAACAACCAGCCUAAUGUCGUUAAAUCAAGAACAAAUUUGAGCAAGCUCUCCCCAUCUUUACAGAAAGUUCUAGAAUCAUCAUUUAACGACUCUCAACUUCAAGCCAUACGCAGUGUCACAAGAUCUAUGGGGUUGAAAAGUGAUGAGGUUCAUGAUCUAUCUCUUAUACAAGGUCCUCCAGGUACUGGAAAAACACGUACAAUUGUAGCCAUUGUCAGUGCUUUGCUUUCGUUGACCAAAGUCAACAACACUGGAACAAGAACUGAAAGUGGUGUAAAUGUUUCAAGACCUAAAGGGCAAAUGAGUCAAUCUGUUGCGAUUGCACGUGCCUGGCAGGAUGCAGCCUUGGCCAAACAACUGAAGGAUGUAGAGGAUAAAAAUUCCAGACCUACUAAUGGUGGAGGAGGUAGAGUUCUGAUUUGUGCACAAUCAAAUGCUGCUGUUGAUGAACUAGUGUCAAGAAUUUCAUGUCAUGGAUUAUACGCAAGUGAUGGAACAAUGUACAAGCCGUAUCUUGUUAGGGUUGGAAACUCAAAAACAGUUCAUCAAAAUUCUCUUCCUUUCUUCAUCGACACCCUCGUUGACCAACGUUUGACCGAGGAGAGUAAUGCUGGAGGUGAUGUGAAAAGUGAUGAUGCGGAUUCUCAUUCUUCUAAUGCUCUUCGUUUGAAGCUAGAAAAGUUGGUUGAUCGGAUUAAGUUUCUUGAAGCCAAACGGGCUAACUUAAGCAAUGGAAACCCCGACUCAAAACAAGUUCUUGAAGGAGAUGAUGAUGUGGACGUGAAGGAAAUGUCUGAUGUGGAAAUUGGGGUGAAGUUAAGAUCACUAUACAGUGAAAAGAAAUCAGUCUACAUCGAUCUCGCUGCUGCUCAGUCACGUGAGAAGAAAUCUUACGAAAAAACAAAAGCUUUAAAACUUAAAUUGCGUAAAUCGAUACUAAAAGAAGCUGAAAUUGUGAUAACAACAUUGAGUGGAUGUGGUGGAGAUCUUUAUUCGGUUUGCUCUGAAUCCAUGUCAACUCAUAAGUUCAGCACUUCAUCUGAAUCUUCAUUAUUUGAUGCUGUUGUAAUCGAUGAAGCAGCUCAAGCUUUGGAACCUGCUACUUUGAUUCCACUUCAGCUGUUGAAAUCAAAGGGUAGCAAGAGUAUUAUGGUGGGUGAUCCAAAGCAACUACCUGCAACUGUUCUCUCUGAUGUUGCAAGUAAAUAUCGGUAUCAAUGUAGUAUGUUUGAACGCUUACAAAAAGCUGGACACCCUGUUACUAUGCUUACAAAGCAGUAUAGGAUGCAUCCGGAGAUAUGUCGGUUUCCUUCUUUGCAUUUUUACGAUGGCAACUUACUGAAUGGAGAUGAAAUGUCCAGCAAAGAAAAACCAUUUCACAAAACACAAGGCCUUGGGCCUUAUUUAUUCUUUGAUGUUGUAGAUGGACAAGAGCUUCAUGGUAAAAACUCUGGGUCUCUUUACAAUGAGUGUGAAGCUGAUGCUGCAGUUGAACUUUUAAGGUUUUUCAGGAGAAGUUAUCCAUUGGAGUUUGUUGGAGGAAGGAUCGGGAUCAUAACACCUUAUAGAUCUCAGCUUUCACUUUUACGCACACGUUUUUUGAAUGCUUUUGGGUCUGAAAUAAUGGAAGAAAUGGAGCUCAACACUGUUGAUGGUUUUCAAGGGCGUGAGGUGGACAUUCUUGUAGUGUCAACAGUUAGGGCAGCGGGCCCACCUUCCGGAACAAAGGAAACAAACUCAAAAAGCAUCGGGUUUGUUGCUGAUGUCAGACGAAUGAAUGUAGCUUUGACUAGGGCAAAACACUCGUUAUGGAUUUUGGGAAACGUGAGAACUUUACAAACAAAUAAAAACUGGGGUGCACUUGUUAACGAUGCUAAUGAAAGAAAUUUGGUUUUAUCAGUUAAAAAACCGUAUGUUUCUGUGUUUAACUCACUAAAGAGUAGUAGUAAUUAUGUUCCCGAUAGUAAACAUGAUGUUUCGAGACAGGUUAGUAAAAACGGAAAGAAGGAUACCAGACAUGAUGAACAGAGGAAAAGGUUUAGUAAUGAUGGUAAUUUGGGUUUGGGUGUAGAUAAAGAAAAGAAAAAAGCAAAAAAACAAUAUGAUUCAUCAUCAUCAUCAGCAGAAAAGAAACGCAAUGAUGAAGAUGGAGUGACACGUGAGAAAGGUGGAAAUAUGGGCGUGGAGAAAAAAAGGAAAGAAGAAAGUAGAGGAGGGUGUAGUGAAGUAGAAAAAAAGGGUGUUAGUGUUGAGGCUGUUUCUAAAAGGAAACACCAAAGGGAAGCUGUAGAAGCUCUUCUUCCAUCAGGCUUCAUAUCCACCACCACAAAGAAGCCCAAGCCCAUGAAAACGGUCCUCCAAUCAGAUAGAAGGUCUACUCCACCAGUCAUUAAACCCACCAAGACAAGAAAAGGUUAAAGUUAAAGAAAGCAGGUUUCGUUUGGAAUGGAAGGUAAUGUAUGUAAUUAGGGUGGAUCCCAAUUUUGUAAAGGUAAUCCUUUUUUUGGCAUGUUAUAUAUUUUGGAAUUUUGACUUUUGGGAAAGAAAGUUUGUUCCAAAGAAAGAAGCAAAAGCUGUUGACAGUUAGUUAUGGUUGUUUUGGGAGAUUUAUUAUGUGGAUUGAUGGCGAUGGAUUAGCAAAUGUGUUUUUAUCAAUGAUUGGAGGGGUGUGGGGUGUGGAGAGGGAGGCCCACUAGCCUUCACCACUAUCUUGUUUGUUUAUUCUUUUCGUUCUGUCUUGAGUAAGUCAAUUUGCAUUCAAACAUGUUUAUUUUGUAAAGAGUGAGUAGUCUACUAAGAUUUAUGAUAUAGAUGAAUCAUUGAUUACGUAAUGGGCAGAAAGUUUGUCAUUUUUAUGGUUUCCACUUGCAUUGGCUACACUUGUAAUAAACAAAAACAAAGUGGUGUCAGAAAGCAGACUAUUUAAUCGUUGUUAUUUGUUAAAUGUUAAUCAUAACUAAGAACUGG